AUGUCGGGUUUUGGUUCUUUGCUGGAGUACAAUGAAAUUGUUAGGCAGAUGUUUGGUAAUGAAGAAGAAGGAUUUCAGUUUUAUAACAACUAUGCUAAGGAGAAAGGAUUUAGUGUGAGGAGAAGCUACUGUGAGUGGGACAGUGGCCAUAAUGAGAUUACCCUUCGGAAGUUUGUCUGCAGUCGUGAAGGUUUUCGAGAAGAGAAGGAGCUGAAGAGGGAGAGUAAGAAGCGGAAACCACGGAAUAUUACUCGUGUUGGAUGUCGUGCUAAACUUGUGAUUGCACGAGAUCAGAGCACAGAGCAGUGGUAUGUGAAGGAUUUCAUCGGUGGACACAACCAUCCGAUGGCGGAACCAGACGUUGCUUGUCUGCUGCGUUCACAUAGAAGAAUCAGCGAUGAUCAGAAAGCUGAGAUUUUGGAGAUGCAGAUUUCUGGGAUCCGCAAACACCAGAUAAUGGAUAUUGUGCAAAAGCAGUACGGUGGGUACGAUAAGGUUGGAUAUACAAUGAGGGACCUGUACAAUUUCUGCCAUCGCAAUAAGCUGGAGACAGUUGCCGCUGGUGAUGCUCAAACAGUCAUCAGUUACCUGACAGAAUGCAAACGUAGAGAUCCUGAUUUCUUUUUCCAGUACAAGACUGAUAGGGAAGGGCACCUGAAGGGACUGAUCUGGUGUGACUGUCAAUGUCGGCUUGACUACAGAGCAUUUGGUGAUGUCGUCGUAUUUGAUAGCACGUACAAAACGAACCGAUACAACCUGCCUCUUGUUCCUUUUGUUGGAGUGAAUCACCAUGGCAGUACGGUUCUUUUUGCUUGUGGAAUUGUUGCUCAGGAGACUAUUGAGUCUUAUGUGUGGCUGCUUAGCACAUUAUCUGAUGCCAUGGCUCAGAAGCAUCCGGUUUCCGUGAUCACUGAUGGAGACCUUGCUAUGCAGAGAGCAAUCAGGGUGGUGUGGCCAAAUUCAUCUCAUAGGCUAUGCAUAUGGCAUAUUGAGCAGAACAUUGUGCGUAAUCUGCAUGAUGAUGGUGUCAAGAAUGAUUUUAGGUAUUUCCUUUAUGAUUGUUGCUCCAUAGAAGAGUUAGAGAUGAAAUGGCUAGAAUUCUUGGAUAAGCAUAACGUUACAGAUCAAGAGUCGUGGCUUUAUCAGAUGUAUGAGAGGAGGGAAAUCUGGUGUGCUGCGUAUCAUGCUGGUAAGUGCUAUUUAGGACUGAGGAGCAACCAGCGGAGUGAGAGCCUGAACUCUAGGCUUCAGGUAAAUCUAGAUCGUAAAAUGACACUGUUUGAGCUGGUGCAGCACUUUGACCAUUGUCUUUCACGGCUGCGUAGUAAUGAAGCACAUCUGGACUUUGAUGCAGAGAAUUCUGAGCCAAUGUUACAACUAGAUGCUUCAACUAUUGAGAAGGAGGCUGCAAAAAUGUUCACACCAGGAGUUUUUGCCAAGGUGCAGUUCAGCAUAAAAGCAGGCAUGAAGUGUUUUAUGAGAGAGCACCUAGAUGGCUAUGAUUUGCAGACAUAUAUUGUUGGAAGGGUGGAUAAAGGAGACAAAGAGUACUUUGUGAAAUGUGAGAUAUGUGUUGAUGAAGGCACUCUGAAGAGAAUUUCUUGUUCUUGUCUUAAGUUACAGUCCCUUGGAACCCCCUGCUCACACAUCUUCUUUGUAUUGGGCUAUCGCGAUGAACGCAAGCUUCCAGAGUGCUGUGUUUUGAAAAGGUGGACAAUGGGAGCCAAGAGUGCAUUUCCUCCUAUAAGGAAGAGCACCAUGUAUGACUAUUCUGAUAGCCUACAGAGGUACCGUGAGCUACGUAAUAUCAGUCACACUGCAUCCUUUGUAGCAUCUCGUUCACCUGAAGCAUAUGAGCGGCUGAAACGUGUUCUGCAUGAGGAAGCUGCUAUGGUCCUGCCUAAUGGAGGAGAGAACGGAGGAAACAAGUUUGGUCCAGUGCUGCCGCAAGCCCAGCAUAUUGAUUCCACAGAGUCCACAAAUGUCUUGGAUCCCAUGCAUGUGCCAGGCAGAGGGGCACCGAAGAAAAAGGUGAAGUCAGUUUCAAAUAAGAAGAAAUCUACGAGGAAGAUCACUGCUGCUACCUACGUCCAUGCCCACCAAUCUAACAUCCUCUAUCUAUUUCAGACGCUGCAACAAGAGGUGCUGAAGCUGGAUGUUCUCCCGGUGCUUGCGCUCCAACAAGAGGUGCUGAAGCUGGAUGUUGUUGCGCUCCAACAAGAGGUGCUGAAGCUGGAUGUCCGGGAGGUCUGCCUCUGCCACUGA